AUGGACAUCUCUACAGAACAACGUGCUUUGGAAGUUUAUGAAAAAGGUGUGGCAAAAGAAUCUAUUGGAAGUUUAGCUUUCAAGAUUCAUAAAGAUGUAGAGAAAUUAUAUAGACAAAAAUUACAUGAUGAAUAUCAUCAAGACAUCCAACAAAGAAUAUCAACUACUCCAAAUCAAUUAUUAGAUAACAUAAAAGGACUAUCAAUAAAUGAUCAAGAAGAUGAAGAACAAUUAGACCCAUGUUGGAUUUUAAAUAUCCUUACAGAUGAUAUAUUAAUUGAAAUCAUAACUUACUUGAUCAGGAAAGAUCCAUCAUCACAUGUUAAAUUAUCAUAUACUUGUAAAAGGUUAAACUCCUUAUGUUUUAGUUCAAUAUCAUACAAAACAUUAUCAAAAUUAAUUUAUCCAUAUCAACAAUAUUCAUCAACUUCUCAACAAUUAAAUAACAUUACAACAGAUCAAGAAUUAAUGGUACAAAAUUGGGAUUUUAAUUGGGAAUUAAUGCUUAUGGAUCGUCCUUUUAUUAAAUAUCAUGGUACUUAUAUAUCAAAAGUUAGUUAUAUUUCUCAAGGUGCAGCAGAUUAUAGUUUUUAUGCACCAGUUAAACUGGUUACUUAUUUUAGAUAUUUAAGAUUCCAUCCUGAUGGUACUGUCCUAAAGAUGACAACAACUGAUGAACCAACUAUAAUAAUCCCCGUGUUUAAUAAAUUAAACGUGGGGAAAUGGUUAAGUGCUUCAAUUGCAAGGUUUUCAUUGGAGAUGGAUGGUAGAGUUUUAUUAGAGAGUGUUAAUGAAUCUUAUAAAUUUAUUGAAGAAUUACAAAUUUCAAAUUUGGGGGAUAGGAAAUUUCAUAGAUUAAAUUGGAUUAAUUCAUUUACUGAAAAAAAGAGUGAUGGUGAAAGAGGGUAUUUUAGUUUGAAAAAGGAGAAACCUUUCAAUUUUUCAAAUGUUAAGUCUUAUACUGUGGAGUAUUGA